UGUUAAACUUUACAUUUUUUAAAACAAGAAAUACAUAGAAAUUAAUAUAAAGGAACUAUUCGGACACCGAUUGCACUUCUGAAUUCGCCACCUCUCGUAUAGACGAUUUCUGGUAAACACGAAAACCGAAGACGCAGUAGAGAAAACGCGGCCACGUGUACAAAGAACGAACAGACGUCAGCAGCGACGAUUCCGCAGGGCCAACGUUCGCUGGAUGGCGAGGGUGCAAGCCGAGGUGUCUACCUCCUCUUGACGUUGCUCCUCGCCAAGAAGGAAAAAGACAGAGAAUGCGAGAACGGAAGUCGCUCAGCCAACGCAGAAACUGCGACAGCUCUCACUUUCUUUUAAAAGUAUCGAUAAUCUAUUGCGUUUUAAAAUCGUUACUAAUAGUAAUAAGAAUUUAUAAAUUAAAUAUAAAAAUGACAAUCUGAAUAAUGUAAGCAAGAAUUUAAGUAUUUAUAAAUUUUAGAUUCUUGAAAAUUUAAAGUUUUAAGUCCAAAUUCAAAAAACGUCUAAAAUAUAUCAAGCUUUUUUACAAGGAUCCAAGAGCCCAUAAAUAUUAUAUUUAAGAUCUAAGGAUUCUAAGGAUCCAAGAAUUCAAAGAAUCCAAACAACAAGGAAUUCAAAUAUCCAAGAAAUUCCGAUAAAAGUGUACAAUAUCAUCCUUGACUUUAUGCGUCUUCAAAUUCUUUUUAUUGUGAUCUUGAUCAUUGUACGUCUCACGUCGUAUGAGAAGGCGAAAACGACGAAAGAGAAGAAGUCAUGGGGGAUUUUGGCCCGUGGCUGUCUAUUUUCGUCGGCAACAUGUACGCGCAGUAUCCUCUGGCCAUGGGCCAAGCAUACCGUGGAAUCGUAUAAACAUUUUAUCCCUGUUGAGCAUUGAGCUUCACAAUGAAUGAAGAGCAAAGUCCUCUAACGCAGAAAAAGAAAAUGCACUCUGAUUUUGCAAACAAUAACGGCAUCGGUUUUAUAAACAUAUGUUUAUUCUCUACCUUUUAUCUUGUUUCUUGAAGAAAUAAUGUAGCAUUUUAACCGUAAAUAGAAUGUUUAAAUGAUAACUAACGAUAAGAGAAAAAAAGCCUACGGUUUGGAUUAAUUGAUAGUUAGUCAAUGAUAUUGCGUUUGAACGAAGUGAUACUAUGAUACAUGCAACAAAAUGCAAAGAUUUAUGAGAAACACUUAAAGGCGGACAAUUUCCCGCUUCUUCGCGAUCUUGGCCAGAAUUAAACGCGUCUGCAUUUUUAAGUCGCUUUGUGCCGCAGUCGCACUUUUGGCAAUUUCACAAAUUCCUCCAGAUGUUCGCGUGAUAAUUUGCUAUAACGCCGAAAUAACGACGCACGUUUUGCUAAAAUUUUCCAAAUAUUAUACUAAAUCACACGCGAUAAACAAAAUCGCAUAGUAAAAACAGCAUUUAUUGUGUGCUGCAAAGUUGUUUGUAGAUCAAUCUUCACAAAAUAAUAAUGCUGAUGGCAAAAAUGAUAAGAAAAUACUAGUUACAUUAAUAAAUGUUUACUUUGAAUAAAUAUCUUUUAAAGCAAUUUUGUUAAAAAUGAAGAUAAUAAUGCGCAAUGUUAUUAAGGGAUACGUAGAUAAUCCGGAAUCCGGAUGGCGCAGUGGGCAGUUUGCCGAAGCAACAUAGUUUACGCAGUAUUAUCGACCUGCAUUUCUCAUGUCAGUUUUGAGAAAAUUUUGUAAACGGAAAAAACCGAAUGUAUUUGUUCCAAGUAUACAAAUGUAUUUCUUCAAUUCUUCGAGUCACCAUUCUUUGAAAAUUUGUCAUAUCUAUCUUAAUAUAUCAUUUCAACAUCUUCUCUCCUACUUUCUUAAAAUGUCUUCUUCUAAAGAUGAUUUUAUUUAAGUACAAUUUUUAGACAGAACGCAUGUCCUUAAUAAUAUUUUAUCUCCUGAAAUUUUAAUUAUCAUGAAAUGAUAUCUGUCAAAAUACUUUUUAAUAGCUUCAUUCAUAAUUUUAUCAUUCAAACCAUUUAAACUUAUUUUCUUUAAGGAAAUUAUAAAAAGAUAGAAGAAUCAGAAAAACCAUACAGAUGUGAUUCUGAUACGAAAAUAUCAACGAUAAUUUUAAAGAGAUCUCAAAGAAAAGGAAAGCGUGAAGAAACCUUAAAAUAGUAAGAAAAUCUUGGCAAGAGACUGCGGUCUAACGUGGAAAACGUGUUUGACUUGCAUUAAUACUUUCACGGUGCCAAAUCAAUAAAAUAUUAAUUAUCAGCUUUUCUCUGAAGAAAAAAAGGAAAAAUGCAAAGACAAAGACAUUAAUGACAACAGGAAGACCUUGAUUGAGAGUUGACAUGAUUCUAAUGCGGAAAUCCCGACAUCGAAUUUGACAGCUUGCGCGUCGCGCGGUACACCUGACUGCGACUGUUUUCAAACAAAGAGAGGGAGAGUGGGUAUACACAAAGUUAGUCAGCUGAUCCGCGACGCUUCCCUGGUAGCGGGGGAAUUGGCGAAGGCUUAAAUAGCGCCGCAUGCACUUGUGUGGGCUAGUACUGGACGAAGUCACCUGAGACAAGCCUCGGUCGCCGCAAUAAUUUUUGGGCAAAAUACCGAGGACUUGCGAGUCCUUGCGUAUAAAUCGCGCAGGAAGUUGGCUAGAAUUGCUCCUAGCUGAAGUUCGCUCGCGAAAACGGAAAUCCUUCGAGGGCCGUGUUAACGUGGUGAAAUCACAGCGCGAAAAUUCCGGGAUCGACUUUCUGGUGGAUGUUGAAGUCGAAAAUCCAUCGAGAAGCGUUUUACUCUUAUUCGAAUUAAGUUUGAAUUCCGAUCGGAAUUUCCACGAGGAGAGAUAUCCUUCGGAAACAUCCAAAUCCAAUCUGUGUGGAGUCAUUUCUCGCACAAGUACGUCAGAUUUUCCAGAUUUCUAUCCCGACGAACUCUCUAUUCCCAAUACGUGAAUUUAUUCGGUCUGCUCCUUGGAUCUUCGACGGUGACCCGUUACGACAAGCUACAUCAAGUGCAAAAUUCAUAGAAAGUAUGAUCAUUUGAUUGAAGUUAACAAAGUAUGUCUUCUUAAUAAUCGACGCAAAUCAAAGAGCUGCAAGAAUAAUUCUUAUUUGACGAAUGCGCCAAGGCUGACUGACUUUCAUCAGCAAAAUCGAUAAAUUUUCAUUCGCGCGUUUCUCGCGGUUAAAUUAUAAAUCCUUUGAUACAAAAAGUGUGAAGAAAUAAUCACCAUGAGGCCACCCGCGUACAAUGAAGAGGUGCAGCAGAUUUCGCAGGAGCAAGGCGAGAGAAAUGUUGCGAUGGCGGUUUGCGUGCAACUAGCUGGUCGAGCAAUCAUCAGAGUAAUCUCACGAUGCGAGGAAGCUCAGGAUAAUUGCAAUCUAGACUUGUCGGAGUGCCAGCUCAUGCAAAUUCCAGACGCGGUCUAUCAUUUAAUGCGACACACGGAGUUGAAGAGAUGCGAUCUCUCCGGGAACGUGAUCACGAAGAUCCCACCAAAGUUUGCUGUCAAGUUCUCACUAAUCACUGAACUGAAUUUAAGCCAUAAUCAAAUGAGCAAAUUACCCGAAGAGCUGGCCGAGCUACAAGCGCUGGAGAGACUCGACAUCUCGCACAAUACUUUCAUCGCUCUACCACCUGUCGCCUGGCGGAUACCGCAGCUCAAACAGCUCCUUGCUAAUAACAAUUUCAUCAUCGACGUUGACGUCGAGAAGCUCAGUCACGCGCCCGCCCUGGAAUUCAUCGAUCUGCAGGCCAAUCCGUUACUGCCCAGAUUGUACGACCUUUUGUGUACUCUGACCGGGAUCAGAAUCGAGCUUAGUCCUCGUCAGGUCGAGGAUUGGGAGGAUUUGAAUGUCUAGACCAUCUCCCAGGCGAGAGCAGCCCGUUUCGCGGAAGACGUCGGAAAAAGAUAUGAUUCUGUCUUCGCGUCCUCUCGACGAAGAUUGCUCAAGACUUCGCAAAGUAGAUGUAGACGCGAUACUUUUUUGUACAGUGAUAACGCGAACUGAAUGAUAACCGGUGACGCGCGGAUCGUCCGCCCAAAACGAUCCAGUUGUAUGUUUUGUAAAUGUCACUAGCGAUUUGUACUUAAUUACCGCGGAUCAAUUGUGGGUCUCGUGGAGAUCGAACGAUCCGUUGUUUCUCUUUUGUACUGCAUGGAUUGUAAUUUCUAGAUUUUAUCGUGAUAUGAAUUACGAAUGAUACUAUUGUGAUGCUUCAGAUACAGAUUCAAGAAAAUCUGGACCUACGGAUUUUCAUAUAUUAGAAAAUUAAAGUAUAAGAGAGCCCUUUGUUUUAAAUCAUAAAAUUGAAUAAUAUAUUUAUAGAAUAUAUUUUUAUGCGACUUUCCGAGAUAUAAAAAUUUUACCAUUUUUUGUAUUGUAUUGCUUAAAAUUUGAUAUUUUAUAGUGUCUUGUGUAUUUAUGGGGCUUGCUGUGCUUUAAUUAAUAAAUGGAUUGGAUUCCGUAGGCCCUGAGAUUCUUGAAAUCGUGAAAUGUCAUAAAUGCAGGUCGUAUCGACCAUAUUUUUAAUUUUCGUCCGUUAAUGCAACGGACAAUUUUUACCGCUAUGGACUGCCGAUUUAUGUACACGCUGCAUAGUGAAACCUUUGUAACAAUUUUAAACCUUUGUACUCGAGUAUUAUAUACGGGAUAAAGUAACGAUUGAGGCGUUGCCAAAAUUUUAUUAUUGACUUGAUAGUAUUAUUGAGUUGACCAGAGAGUCCAUGUGGAUUUUUUCGAAACGCAAAGCUUUGCCACAAAAAUUAACAAAUUUCAAGUAAUGUUAAAUUUUUUGUACAGUCGAGUACAAAGUGUAUUAAUAGUGAAAAAAGUUACAAAAUAUCAAUGAAUAACCGUUUUGAAUAUGAGGUGUUCUGUAAAAAAGAUAUAUUAUGAAUUUGCAAGUGUAGAUAUGCAAAUGACACCGUAGAAUGUAGAGAAAUAUGUACAGUAUGCGUACAUGUUCAAUCUGUGUAGAAACGCGCAUCAAAUAAUCAUUAUAAAUUUGUUUUACCUUUCAACACUUUUGAUCUAGUCAAUCAUCGCUAGAUAUACGGGUCUCGAAAUAUUUACGCGCGUAGUUCCGUGGUUGAUUCUUGAAUCCACGGAUCUACGGAUUGUUAGAUCCUCAUUUUAGCUUCAUAAAUCCUUCGAAUCUGCGAAUUCUCGAUUUCCUAGAUCUUAGACGCAGUAACGUAAUUCACACAACACUUGUAUCAAUGAUAUUUCAAUACACUAUGAAACAGUGAAUACAAUAAUAUAUAGUAGCGGGAG